CUGUCUGCUAAGCUCCAUUAGAGGGAACCCUUUAACUGACGACUGGAAAUUGCUAAACGGAUUAACCUGGAUUGCCUUUUUUUUGUGGAGAAAUAAUCAAAAGGAAUAUUACUAAAAGAACAAUGGAGUGGAGGAUUAUAGUACCUGUUCUGUGUCUAAUUGGAUUCCUAUCUGUGCCAGGAUAUGUUGCUGGCAAUAACAGCACUGACACCACCAACAACAGCACCAACAUCACCAACACCAUCGCCACCACCCCCUCCACCAACAACAACACGAACAUCACCAACACCAUUGCCACCACCCUCUCCACCAACAACAACACCAACAUCACCAACACCAUCGCCACCACCCUCUCCACCAACAACAACACCAACAUCACCAACACCAUCACCACCACCCCCUCCACCAACAGCACCACCAACAGCACCACCACCAGCCCCACCAACAACAGCCCCACUACUUUUGACUUUAAUAUAACGUUCCACAUUGAUGAAACUUUCAAUGCAAACUUCACAGACAUGACCAAUAGUGCCACAAUAGCCCUUAAAAACAGAAUCGUCUCUCAGAUUACACCAGCUUACACUCAAAUUAAAAACUUUCAACGCUUUGAUAUUCUGCAAUUCAGGAAUGGCUCCAUUGUGGUCGACGGAAAACUGAUCUUUAACAACAGUGACUCCAAGCCUUCUGUGGCAAACCUGACACAAAUCUUGAAUAAUGGAAAUUUUAGCUUCAAAGUCCUGUCCAAUCUCACCAGUGUUGCUGAGGUCACAACAACUGCUGGGACAACUACAACUACUGCUUCAGCUACGACUCAAGCUGUAACAACCUCAGCAGGCACUAAACUGUACAUUGUAGUCUUCAAAAUAAUGCAAAACUUCACAGACGACCUGUCAAACCUGACCUCUCCUGCAGCCAUCAAUCUGACAAACACUGUCAUUUUUCAGUUUGAAAAAGUUUUUAAAACUUUGAAGAGCUACAGGCGCAUGACUAUCCGGCAGUUCAGGAAAGGCUCCAUUGAAGUAGAUUCUUCUGUUGAAUUCGACAAAGCCUCUCCUCCUACUUUACAAGAAGUAGCUAAAGCCUUUACUGAUGCUGUUAACAAUGGAAACUUUACAUUGCAAAUUAAUGCAACAUCUAUACUAGUUACAGACCCUUCAGCCCCUGCUAACAAGUCUCCAGUCUUGGCUAGUAUUCUCACUGCUUUCUGGAUGACGCUAGCAUCACUUCUGUUUUCCGCUGUGAUGCACUAAGCAUCACCUUCACACAUAAAAUCAUGCGACUGCAAAAUGAUUGUGACAUUUUGGAUUAUUUUGGCCACAUUUAGAAUCAGCAGGUCACAAAUGAAAACAAGCCAAGUUAUGAUCUACCUGUAACAUUUACUAGUCUUUCUUGCCACAUAUAGAGCCUGGUGAUACGUGUAAGUUAUGGUAUUUUGGUUUCUGAUUUACAAAAAAAAAAACACACUGUUUGUGCAUGUGUACACUUGGCUGGAGGAUUAAUGAGGAUUGGUUUAUUGAAACCACAUCUGAACAUUUCUCUAUGCCACAGAAAUGGCACAAGUGAAAGUUACCUGUAGAGUUAUUAUGUUGAAAUUCAAAAUUGAGAUCGCUUUGUGCUUUUGAAAACGGAUUUAACAGUAAAUACAUUUACCAAUGUAUUAGUUUGAUUUUGAAGAUGUGAAAUGUAUGUAUUUAACCUUUAAGUUAAUGAAAGAUGUUCUAGUAAAUGCUCUGUAUUAUGUUUUAUGAAGUACUAAUGUUUAAUAAAAUGAAGGUGGAAUCCUGUUCCGUUGUAAAUUCAGUGCUGCAAAAACUUUACAAAUAAAGACUUUAUUCAAACAAA